UCUGCUUUCAUCCAAUUGCUAACACGCUGUCACAUUUGUCACUUCCUGGUCUAAUUUCUCCGUGUACGCGUAGCUGCAUCAAAUAUGGCCCUUCAACUAACAUUUUCCUUAUUAAGCUACGUUAUUAUGAUGAGGUGAUAGACAUCUUGGGCUAGAGAGUUGAGAGCAGGGGGCACCGCGGUAGUUGUCGCGGCCUGCUGCACUACGCUCCGCUUGCUCUCCGAGUGCUAGCUUGAUAGCUCGUUAGCUGACAAUUGUAAAUAUUAGCAAGCCAGGCCAGAUUUCUUUCCGUGUGUUACAAAAAUGGCAACCAUGGAGAAACUAAUGAAGGCCUUUGAGUCGCUGAAGUCAUUCCAGCAGCAGCAGGGACCACCGACUGCCGAGGAGAUUGUCCAGAGACAGAAAAAGGAGCAAGCCACAACGAAGAAAGACAGAGUUGCACACUGCUUAACAAUAUGUGAAAACAUAGUAGCACAGUCUCUCAGUAGAACUUCUCCGGAGUUCCAGAAAUUGCUUGGCAUCGCCAUGGAAAUGUUCCUGCUCUGCAGUGACGAUAGUGAAUCAGAUGUCCGAAUGGUAGCCGAUGAGUGCCUGAACAAAAUAAUCAAAGCACUGAUGGACUCUAAUCUGCCUCGACUGCAGUUGGAGCUGUAUAAGGAAAUUAAAAAGAAUGGUGCCUCUCGGAGUUUGAGAGCAGCUUUGUGGAGGUUUGCUGAGCUUGCUCAUCUUAUAAGACCUCAGAAAUGCAGACCCUAUUUGGUCAACCUUUUGCCGUGCCUCACCAGAAUUACAAAGCGGCAGGAGGAGACUGUCCAAGAAACCCUGGCUUCAGCCAUGCCUAAGAUCAUGGCAGCCUUGGGACACUUUGCUAAUGAUGGUGACAUCAAGGUCCUGUUGAAAUCCUUUGUUUCCAACCUGAAGUCCAGCUCCCCCACCAUUAGACGGACAGCUGCCAGCGCUGCUGUUAUUGUGUGCCAACACUCAAGGCGCACCAGUUACUUUUACACGUGGCUUCUUAAUGUUUUGCUGGGUUUGCUGGUUCCAGUCGAUGAGGAGCAUAUCAGCCAUCUCAUCCUUGGGGUACUUUUAACCCUGCGGUACCUGAUGCCUCUGCUGCAGCAGCAGGUCAACACCACAAGCCUCAAAGGAAGCUUUGGAGUAAUGAAAAAAGAGGCUGAUGUCCAGCCAACGUCGGAGCAACUGCUACAGGUGUAUGAACUGACUUUACACUACACACAGCACUGGGAUCACAAUGUGGUGACCGCUUCACUGGAGCUGCUGCAACAAAUGCUCAGGACUCCACCACCAGAUCUUUUGCACAUGCUCAUUUCUGUAGGCAGUAUUCCACAUGCUACCGUGUUUCGUCAGGAUGCCGAAAGUCGUGCGCGUUCUGGCAGCAUCCUGGAGUUCAUUGCAGGCGGGUCUUCCUACAGUCCACUCCUCCAUAGGAAACAUAAAGGAAAAAUCCUUUUAGGGGAGGAGGAGGGUUUAGAAGAUGAUUCUGAGAAGACUGAGGUCACCACUGGCGCCUUCACAGCAUCUGUUGAUGAAACUGAUGGAUCUUCGGAAGCCCAGGUGGAUAUCAUUACCGAACAGCCGCGCUCCUCUCAGCAUACCUUGCAGCCCGGGGACUCUGUGGACCUGAGCGCCUCCUCUGAGCAGGCCGGGGCUGCAGGCGGGACAUCACCCUCAGACACUGCUGAGUCACCCAACGAAAAUGAGGAGGAGAUGCUGAGUCAAAGCUCAAGCUGUGGGGCUAAUGUUACUCCAGAGACAGCUGACUACACUACACCAGAGAAUACCACGGCAGAUGGAGGGCCUUUUAUUGAAUGCGGGUCACACCUAAGCACCAAUGAAGGCUCACUCCCACCGAGUGACUCCUCGCAGACCACCACCGAAGGACCGGACUCAGCUGUUACCCCCUCAGAUGUCGCAGAGCUGGUACUGGAUGGCAGUGAGAGCCAGUACUCUGGGAUGCAGAUCGGAACUCUACAGGAUGAGGAAGAUGAAGGGACAGGACCUUCAUCCCAAAAUGAAAACUCAUUUCUGCCAUCAACACUCGCUCUGAGCAAACCACAUCUCUUCGACUUCAGAGGUCACAAUCGACAGGGUUCUGACAGCAGUGUGGAGCAUUUUAUACCAAAGGAGGAACCCACUGAAAUCGAACCUGACAGCAAGCCGUCAAGUAUAAAUGGCCCAAUUGGACAUUAUACAGACCAGGGGGCAGAGCCACUUGUGCACUGUGUCAGGCUUCUUGCUGCUUCCUUCCUGUUGACAGGACAAAAAAAUGGUGUGAUCCCUGACAAGGAGGUACGAGUGAGUGUGAAGGCCCUGGCAGUCAGUUGCAUUGGUGCAGCUGGGGCACUGCUUCCUGAAUCCUUCUUCAAUUCUCUCUACCUGGAACCGCUGGACGGGAUUUCAGUAGAAGAGCAGCAGUAUGUCAGUGAUGUGCUGGACCUAAUUCACCACGGUGACCCACAGAUCAGAGGUGCCACAGCUAUCCUGUGUGCAGCCAUUAUUCAGUCUGUACUUAUUAAAACUCGUUACAACAUACACACCUGGCUGGCCAGUGUGCAGAGUGCAACAGGGAACCCUUUGUCCCUGGUGGACUUGGUGUCUCUGCUCAGAAAAACUCUGAAAGAUGAAACCUCUGUAACCUGCAAGAUGGGUUGCGUUGCAGUCAGGCACUGCAUCAUGUCAGUAUGCAGCAGUACACUCAGUGAGCUGGGCCUACAGUUGGUGAUCGACCUGCUGGCUCUGACAGACUCAUCGUACUGGCUGGUCCGCACUGAACUGUUGGAGACGCUGGCUGAGUUGGAUUUUCGGUUAAUCAAUUUCCUGGAGAGAAAGACUGAGGCUUUGCACAAAGGCGAUCAUCACUACACUGGGCGUCUUCGACUGCAGGAUCGGGUUCUCAAUAAUGUAGUCAUUCAUCUGUUGGGUGAUGAUGACCCCAGAGUCCGCCAUGUGGCAGCUUCUUCUGUCACCAGGCUCAUAUCGAGAUUGUUUUAUGACUGUGACCAGGGCCAGACAGACCCUGUUGUUGCUAUUGCCCGAGAUCAAAGUUCAGUUUACCUGCAGCUACUGAUGCACGAAGCACAACCCCCCUCUCAAUUCACAGUGAGCACCAUAACAAGGACUUAUCGGGGUUUUAACCUAUCAAACACAGUGCCUGAUGUCACAGUGGAAAACAACUUAUCUCGGGUCGUCACCGCUAUCUCUCAUGCUUUCACCUCCUCUACCUCGAGGGCCCUGACUUUUGGCUGCUGUGAAGCACUAUGUCUCCUGGCUUCAAAUUUUCCAGUGUGCACAUGGAGCACAGGCUGGCACUGUGGCUACAUUAAUUCCAUUAGUACAGUUUCAUCUCGAGGAAAUCUCAACCACAGCAGGGGCAGGGCUUCAAGUCUGUCUCAGACCAGCAACACUCAAAACCCAAAUUCCUCUUUACCUGAUGUGGAGCGAAGGAACCUAACAGUGGGAAUGGCCAACAUGGUGCUUUCCUUGCUGUCAUCUGCCUGGUUCCCACUAGACCUCUCUGCACAUCAGGAUGCAUUGUUACUGACUGGCAACCUGCUAGCUGCGGUGGCGCCAAAAUGCAUGCGCAACCCAUGGGCCGGAGAGGAAGAAGGUAGCAGUGGCAGCUCUUAUCCUAGUGGAGGACCAAAUAAAAUGGAUGAACCCUGGGCAGCAUUGUCAGAGCGCUCCCUAGUGACAAUGGUGGACCAGAUGUUUUCCCACCUCCUGAAGGUCCUCAACAUCUGUGCGCAUGUGUUGGAUGACACUUCCCCAGGACCAGCAGUUAAGGCCACACUGCCCUCCCUUACCAACACACCCUCACUGAGUCCCAUUCGCAGGAAGGGCAAAGAGAAGGAGGCUGUUGAUCCCAAUUCUGUACCCUUGAGUCCAAAGAAAAGCAAUGAGAUCAAUGCAGGCAGAGUCGGUGACAGCACAAGUGGAACAGUAGUAAACAAGUUGAACACACCUGGCAGCUUCUACCACCUGCCAACCUACCUCAAGCUCUAUGAUGUCCUCAAAGCAACUCAUGCCAACUAUAAGGUGACAUUGGACCUUCAUUGCAGCCACGAGAAGUUUGGGGGUUUACUUCGUGCUGCCUUAGAUGUUCUGUCUCAGCUGCUUGAGCUAGCCACACUUCAUGAUAUCAGCAAAUGUGUAGAGGAAAUUUUGGGCUUUCUCAAAUCUUGCUUCUCCCGAGAACCUACCAUGGCUACAGUUUGUGUUCAGCAGUUGUUGAAGACACUGUUUGGAACCAACUUGGCAUCUCAGUAUGAGGGCAUCCUGAGUGGGCCCAGCCGUGCCCAGGGGAAGGUGCUCCGUCUUGGCUCUUCUAACCUGAGACCAGGCCUGUACCACUACUGCUUCAUGGCACCAUACACACACUUCACCCAGGCUCUGGCUGAUGCCAGUCUACGUAAUAUGGUACAGGCUGAGCAAGAGCAGGAUGCCUCUGGAUGGUUUGAUGUGAUGCAGAAAGCGUCAAACCAGCUUAGGUCUAACAUUGCAAAUGCAACACGCCACAGAAGCGACAAGAAUGCCAUCCACAACCACAUCCGUCUUUUUGAACCACUCGUGAUUAAAGCUUUGAAGCAGUACACAACCAGCACAUCUGUUGCUCUGCAAAGACAAGUUCUGGACCUUCUAGCCCAACUUGUGCAGCUCAGAGUCAACUACUGCCUGCUGGACUCUGAUCAGGUGUUCAUAGGGUUUGUUCUAAAACAGUUUGAAUAUAUUGAAGUCGGACAGUUUCGAGAGUCAGAGGCAGUUAUACCAAACAUCUUUUUCUUCCUGGUGUUGCUAUCUUAUGAACGCUACCAUUCCAAGCAGAUAAUUGGUAUCCCCAAAAUCAUCCAGCUGUGUGAUGGCAUAAUGGCCAGUGGUAGGAAAGCUGUCACACAUGCUAUCCCUGCCUUGCAGCCCAUAGUUCAUGACCUGUUUGUCUUGAGGGGCUCCAACAAGGCAGAUGCAGGCAAAGAGUUAGAUACACAGAAAGAAGUAGUGGUCUCUAUGCUUCUCAGACUUGUGCAGUACCACCAGGUUUUGGAGAUGUUCAUCCUUGUUCUGCAGCAGUGUCACAAAGAAAAUGAAGACAAGUGGAAGAGGUUGUCUAGACAGAUUGCAGAUGUCAUACUUCCCAUGAUUGCCAAGCAGCAGAUGCAUUUGGAUUCUCCUGAGGCUUUGGGUGUUUUGAACACUCUUUUUGAGAGUGUAGCACCUUCCUCUCUUAGGCCUGUGGAUAUGCUGCUCAAGAGCAUGUUUGUUGUCCCGAGUACAAUGGCAUCAGUGACUACAGUUCAACUGUGGGUCUCUGGUAUCCUGGCAGUGCUUAGGGUACUUAUCUCCCAGUCAACUGAGGACAUUGUGUUAUCACGAGUCCAUGAGCUGUCCCUCUCACCACAUCUACUUUCCUGCAACACAGUCCGGCACCUCUAUCAAAAGAGCGGGUCUCCCAAUGCCCCUCCCCCUUUCGAUUCAUUUGCGAUUCAAGAACCUAAUGGUGAUUCACAAAAAGCCCUACCAGAGGAAACUUUUGCCAGAUUUUUGCUCCAAAUUGUUGGAGUGUUGCUGGAUGAAAUUUCCUGCAAACAGGUUAAAGUGGACAUUACUGACCAACAACACACUUUCUAUUGCCAGCAGCUGGGGACACUUCUCAUGUGUUUAAUACACAUUUUCAAAAGUGGUAUGUUUCGCAGGAUCACAGCUGCAGCCAGCUUCCUCUUAAAAGGUGAGGGUGCCAGUGGUGAGAAUGACUUGGAGACUGGCCUUUACUACCAUUUAGUGACCUUGAACAGCAUGGUUCAGGGCCUGAUCACCACCCACCCCUCCCUGGUACUGCUCUGGUGCCAAGUCCUCCUCCUCAUCAACUAUACAAACUACUCCUGGUGGGCUGAAGUUCACCAGACACCGAGGCGAAAUAGCCGAUCAUGCACAAAACUACUCAGUCCGCACUCCUCAGAAGAUAAUGAAGAGGAGUCUCCUGUGUCCCUGUUCACCAUGAUCAACAGAGAGAUAGUCUGCAGGGGAGCCCUCAUUCUCUUCUGUGAUUACGUGUGUCAGAACCUGCACGACUCAGAGCAUCUUACGUGGCUGAUAGUUAAUCAUGUGAGUGACCUCAUCAGCCUCUCCCAUGAGCCACCUGUGCAGGAUUUCAUCAGUGCUGUGCACCGAAAUUCAGCUGCCAGCGGUCUCUUCAUCCAGGCUAUUCAGUCCCGCUGUGACAACCUGACAAAUCCUACCAUGUUGAAGAAGACUCUGCAAUGUUUAGAAGGUAUCCACCUCAGCCAGUCUGGCUCUCUGCUAAUGCUAUAUGUGGACAAGCUGCUCAGCACACCCUUCAGGGUUUUGGCCCGCAUGGUGGACACACUGGCAUGUCGCAGGGUGGAGAUGCUGUUGGCUGAAACGUUACAGAACAGUAUCGCCCAGCUGCCUGUUGAGGAACUGGACAGAAUCCAGGAAUAUCUCCAGAUCAGUAACCUGGCUCAAAGGCAUCAAAGGUUUUAUUCCCUGCUGGAUAGGUUCCGCGCCACUGUUGCUGAAACUAGUAGCCCACCACCUCCAGUGACAUCACACCCCUUAGAUGGGGAUCCACCCCCUGCCCCUGAACUGGUCAAUGCAGAUAAGGAGUGGUAUGUGACCCUGGUGAAAUCUCAGUGUUGUCUUCGUGGAGAUGUGUCUCUGUUCGAGAUAACUGAACUCCUCACAAAGCUACCGGCCCCUGAUCUUUUUAGCAUUAUGAGAUGUGAGACAUUCAACCUAAGUCUGCUGUGCCCAUGCCUAAGCAUGGGUGUUCAUCGGCUAACACGGGGUCAAGGGCCAGUCUUGUUGGAAACGGCAUUGCAGGUGACGUUAGAACAUCUUGUUGGGGUUACAGAGUCACUUCCUGCCCCACACCAGUCCUUCUUACCACCUUCCAAGCCACACUCUUAUUGGAUCCAACUGGCUGAUGUGUAUGAUGAGCCAGGUUUCUACUCCAAGGUUUUAGCCCUCUGCAGAGCUCUCUCCCAGUACCUCCUGUGUGUAAACCAGCUACCUUCUUAUUUACGCAUUCUCUGUGACAAAGAAGCUCUCAUCACUACUUUCACCUGCACUGCCACUGAGGUGAUAGUCUGGCGUCUGCUCCAGGAUCAGCUACCCCUGAGUGUGGACCUUCAGUGGACUCUGUCUUGUCUCUGCCUGGCACUGCAGCAGACUUGCAUCUGGAACAAACUGUCUACCACAGAGUACGCUACACACACGUGUUCCCUCAUCUACUGCUUACGCCUCAUUAUGGUUGCUGUGGCUGUGAGCCCUGGAGACCAGCUUCUGAUCUCCGAGAAGAAGAGGUUAGCAAGAGAUGCUGAAGGAGAUGAAGUGGAUUCCCUACAAACAAAAUAUGGGUGUGAGUGGCAAGCAUGUGAAAUUAUGGCAGAGCUGGUGGAAGGCCUACAGAAUGUUCUUUCCUUGGGCCAUUACAAAAACAGUUUAAUACCAACUUUUCUGACUCCAACCUUACGCAACAUUGUGAUCAGUAUUGCCCGACUGCCACUGGUCAAUAGCUUCACUCGAGUUCCUCCAAUGGUUUGGAAACUGGGCUGGUCCCCACAGCCUCAGGGGGAGUCUGGUACAGCAUUGCCUGAGAUUCCUGUGGACUUUCUGCAGGAAAAGGAUGUCUUCAGAGAGUUCCUGUACCGCAUAAACAUACUUGGCUGGAGUAGCAGGACUCAGUUUGAGGAGACCUGGGCCACUUUGCUUGGCGUGUUGGUCACCCAACCAAUAACGAUGGCUCAGGAGGAGGACACACAACAAGAGGAAGAUUUAGAGCGUACCCAGUUGAAUGUUUUAGCAGUGCAGGCCAUCACCAGCCUGGUGUUGGGCGCAAUGAUGCUGCCCACAGCUGGCAACCCUGCUGUCAGCUGUUUGGAACAGCAGCCUCGUAAUAAGAGUCUCAAGGCCUUGGAGACACGAUUUGGAAGGAAACUGGCAGUGAUCCGGGGUGAAGUUGAGAGAGAAAUACAAGCUCUUGUUUCCAAGAGAGACAACAUUCAUACACACCACUUCUAUCAUGCCUGGGACCCUGUGCCCUCUUUGUCUGCAACCUCUGCAGCAGGGAUGUUGAUCAGUCAUGAAAAGUUGCUGCUUCAGAUCAACACGGAGCGUGAGAUGGGAAAUAUGGAUUAUAAACUGGGACAGGUGUCCAUCCAUUCAGUGUGGUUGGGAAAUAACAUCACUCCAUUGAGGGAAGAAGAAUGGGGUGAAGAUGAAGACGAUGAACCAGAUAUGCCAUCGCACACCUCCCCACCUUUAUCACCAAUUAACUCUCGAAAACAUCGUGCAGGGGUGGACAUUCACUCAUGCUCGCAGUUUCUUCUGGAGCUCUACAGCCAGUGGCUUAUUCCAAGCUCUCCAAGUAACCGGAAGACUCCAACCAUACUUGUCAGUGAAGUGGUCCGUUCGCUGCUGGCAGUGUCGGACCUAUUCACAGAAAGGAACCAAUUUGACAUGAUGUUCUCCACCCUUAUGGAGCUGCAGAAGCUUCACCCACCAGAAGAUGAGAUUCUUAAUCAGUACUUAGUGCCUGCCAUCUGCAAGGCAGCUGCUGUGUUGGGCAUGGACAAAGUGAUUGCAGAACCGGUUUGUCGCCUGUUAGAUACAACCUUGCGUAGCACACACCUGCCCAGCCGGAUGGGUGCUCUUCAUGGGGUCCUGUAUGUCCUGGAAUGUGACCUUCUAGAUGAUACAGCAAAGCAGUUGAUCCCUAUUAUCUCUGAGUACCUCCUGUCCAACCUAAGACCCAUUGCUCACUGUGUGCACUUGCAUAACCAGCAGCAUGUCCUAGUGAUGUGUGCAGUUGCCUUCUACAUGAUGGAGAACUACCCUCUUGAUGUGGGAUCUGAGUUCAUGGCUGCAGUUAUACAGGUGUGCAGUGUGAUGGUGUCUGCCAGCGAGGACUCCACACCUUCUGUAAUCUAUCACUGUGUCCUCCGGGGUCUGGAGCGUCUCUUGCUCUCUGAACAGCUGUCUCGUGUGGAAGGGGAAGCGCUGGUUAAGCUGAGUGUCGAUAGAGUGAACAUGCCGUCGCCUCACAGAGCCAUGGCCGCCUUGGGGCUCAUGCUCACCUGCAUGUACACUGCGGUGCUUGCGUCCGGUUCAGAAGUCACAGGGGUUAGAGGUCAGGUUGACUCUGGCUCUGCUGUAACGGAGGCGGUGGGGGUCACGGCGGGUCAUGUUGGUUUCUCCUCAGGCAAGGAGAAAGCCAGCCCCGCUAAUCGCCCUGCACACCCGGACCCUCAGGCCCCAGACAGCGAGUCGAUCAUUGUUGCCAUGGAGAGAGUCUCUGUGCUCUUUGACAGGAUCCGAAAAGGUUUGCCCAGUGAGGCUCGAGUCGUAUCGAGGAUUCUUCCACAGUUCCUAGAUGAUUUCUUUCCACCCCAAGAUGUCAUGAACAAGGUCAUCGGAGAGUUCCUCUCCAACCAGCAGCCCUACCCGCAAUUCAUGGCCACAGUCGUUUACAAGGUUUUCCAGACACUCCAUGCUACAGGCCAGUCAUCGAUGGUGCGAGACUGGGUGCUGCUCUCCUUGUCAAACUUCACACAGAGGACACCUGUGGCCAUGGCUAUGUGGAGCCUUUCCUGCUUCUUUGUCUCGGCUUCCACCUCGCAGUGGAUCUCAGCCUUACUUCCUCACGUCAUCAGCAGGAUGGGUUCCAGCGAUGUGGUAGAUAUCAACCUGUUCUGUUUGGUGGCCAUGGACUUCUACCGGCACCAAAUUGACGAGGAACUGGACCGCAGGGCGUUCCAGUCGGUCUUUGAGACAGUUGCGUCACCUGGAAGUCCGUACUACCAGUUGCUGGGAUGCCUGCAAUCAAUCCACCAGGAUACGACACUUUGACUCAGUUUGGCUCUGAGGCAAACAAAAAGUGGUGACAAUUGGACUCGUGGGAAAAAUGUGGUCUGUCUGAGCACUUAGUCUGUGAUGGAAGGACACAAUCUACUGUAGGCCCAAAUCAAUUCUUGAUGAAAUGUAAGGUAUACAAUAUAAUUCAUAUAUUAAAUGACAGAAUAUAUGAAGUGUAAGAAUGAGGCACACAGUCUAUAAUGUCACCCAACUGGUUUUGCCUACAAUCCUCCACCUAACAAGCACCUUGAUAAAAGCGUAAUGAAAUGAGAUGCCCUCCACCCCAACAAUUCAGUGGUAUUUUUUAAUAUGGGAAAAUUAUGGGAAGGACUAAGUAUUUACUAUAUUUUAAAUACCAUUGUCUAUUUUUCAGUAUGUUUUAUUCCCAUUUUCUUGAGAGGUCAACAUGGCAGUCUCUGCGUAUUUUCUUUAAAAAAAAAUAAAUGUAAUGUGUGGUCAGUUUACUUUAGCACACAGUUACAGGUUAAAUUGUAUGAGAGGAGGAUCCCUUAGCCAUAUCGUUGUCACUGUAGGGGGGAAAAAAGAGUUUCAGCUUUCUAAUUGUCAGUCAUGUGACAAAGUGACAGAAUUCAGUGUGGUUUUGCUAUUACAGUACAUUUUCUUUGUCCGGACAUUAGAAACAGAUUAACAAAAAUACCAAAUUUUUUUCUUUGUCAUUUUUAUGAUACUGCGCAUUUAUUUUGUUGUAUCAAAGAUUUUGACACUCCCUUCUUGUGCAUAUAAAUGAUUCCAUGUGUCCUUCUCUUGUUCUUUAUAACACUCAGGAUGUCAAAUGUGAUUGUUUAAAUAAGACUGGAAGUAAUGUGGUAAUCUUUUAAUGUUGUUGCCCUUGUAAACAGUAAACAAAUAUGAAAGCCAUUGUGCAUGACAGAAUUGUACAAAGAAGAGUUUAAAAGUACUGGUAUAUUGUGAUUUUUCUUUUUUUUUUUUUUUUUUUUUAAAUACACAUUAAAAAGUGAAGGAUAUGUUCCCACAGAAUACACAAAGCUCAAUCUUCAAAUGCGUUGCCUGGCAAUGUGCUGGGCUUUCAUACUGUGUACAUACACUUGCCUUAGAUAAGGAUUAUGUGCUUAACGACUACCUUCUUGCAUUAUUGCCCUUGGGCAAUUUCUAUGGCUACUGUUGCCACCACUGUUGUGUGGCUUAAGAUGCAACACAAUCCAAAGGCAGCCUUGUAACCAUGGCAACGUGGCUCCAUUGACUGGUAAUGGUAACUGCUAGGUAAUGUUGCAGCGCAGCACGUAGUUGACCUCUUUUUUUGUGUUGCACUUUAAAUUGUCUCAUCUAGGUUGUAAAGAAACAAAAAGUUUUAUUAUUGCAGAAUAUACAAUUAUUGCUCUUGUUCUUGUCGGCGAAUUAUAGACAUAAAAGUAAUAAACAGCUCAGAAAAUUGUAUGCUGAAUCAUGUCAUGUUCCAGCUUCAAGUGUGACCAUGUGAACUCCUGUAUUAACAGUUUUAAAAAUAAACGAAUCAGUCGUGCAGUA